CUGACUCCUUCUCUCCUACUCUCUCUCUCUCAAGUUGCGUGGCGGUAAAGGCAAAGGCUGUAACCUUGGGUAUGAACAGUGUUGGACUGAAGGGUUGUGAGGAGAGAAAGGGAGACACAGAGAAGAGAACAGGAGGGAGAGCUGAACAGGAAACAGUGUUCAGCCCCAAGGCUCUUGAUCAGAAAGAUGGCUAAACAACCAAACAUGGCCUCCGUCCUCUAUCUUUGCACCUGCUGCCAAACACCUCUGCUCUCUUCCUCUGCCUCACUUCUCUCUUCCUCCUCUCUCUGUCCAUCUAUGUAACGCUUCAGUUCCUUUACUAUAUUCCAGAUAUUCAAUGCUGAUUGAAGGUAGUCGUCAGUUUGGCGUGUCUGAGUUGUGUCAGCUAUAAUUGCAUAUUUCCUGUUUUCGUUUUUUAUUAAGCCCAACAAAGCAACUAUAUAUGCCUGGUAGAGAUGCAGGUUAUGGAAAUAAACCUCAGUGCUCACUUGUACUAGUGAGUGCGUGGUGGUAGUCAUGGCCUAGCUUGUACUAGUGAGUGUGUGGUGGUAGUCAUGGCCUAGCUUGUACUAGUGAGUGCGUGGUGGUAGUCAUGGCCUAGCUUGUACUAGUGAGUGUGUGGUGGUAGUCAUGGCCUAGCUUGUACUAGUGAGUGCGUGGUGGUAGUCAUGGCCUAGCUUGUACUAGUGAGUGCGUGGUGGUAGUCAUGGCCUAGCUUGUACUAGUGAGUGCGUGGUGGUAGUCAUGGCCUAGCUUGUACUAGUGAGUGACCUUCACUAUAACACAACCCUCCACUGGAUUUGGAUGCCGUUAACUUGCCGGUAGGAUCUGCCUCUAAUGACUUUCAGAGAACAAUCAAAAACACAGCCCUCACAUUGUCGAGGUUAUGGCACAUGUCAUUUCGUGGUUCUUUUUCAAACGGCUUAAUUUGGUUCUCUACAAGUUAAUCAACCACUAAUCAUCGUUAAUUCCUGGAACACAAGUAGCCUAGCUCACAAGAAGAUUGUUUGGAACAUAGUAGGCUAAUUGAAAUGCCAAUUUACAUUAGAAUUAAAAAUGUAACUCAAUUUGACACACCAGUAGAAUAUUCCUAUGUGAGAUCUUAAAAUUAUCGUUUUAUUUAUGCACAAUUUAUUUAUUUGAUAUUUAAUUUUAAUCCCAUGUGGAUUGUGAUCAGUAGGUCAAAUUGUCACUUGUUUUUUUUCGGAAGACAUUGUGUUUCUUUGCCUUGAAGCAAGCCAUGAAUAAGCCAUAAACAUUAGACUACAUUGUAGUGGUGCAGCCUUGAAUAAGGUACACAUAUUUCCAGGUAAUCUGUUUUGUAGCAGUGACCAAUUAGAUGAGUUUAUCAGAUGCAGGGACAGACACGAGGGCAACCUCUUGCCUCCCUUUGCUCUCCCUCUUUCUCCGCCUUAUUUUUCAUCAUUUGAAGUCUGUAGAUUUCUAUGGCAGUGAUUCUGUAUCCUAUUAGUUGACAUUCUUUGUUUGAUCAUCAUUAAUUAUGAAAAAGCAAAACUGAAUGGGGGAUAUAAAUACAUUUUAAAAACCUUUGUGGGUACGUGUGUGGAAGUGGGGGCACAGGUUGUGUGACAACACUGACGUCAAAUAAACCGACCCCAGUAUAAGUACGGGCUCUGCACAGGCAGUUGUCAGUCUCGUGUGUCAGCCAAGUGGACAACAGGUGUGAUCCUUCCGCUAUCUAUCCACUGCUGUCACCAUGCCGCGCUGCGCACUCCCUCUGUGCGUCCUUGGUCUCCUCGCGCUCUCCUCAGCGUGCUACAUCCAGAACUGUCCUCGAGGCGGGAAACGAGCUCUCCAAGACACGCGCAUCAGACAGUGUCUGUCCUGUGGGCCGGGGGCCCGGGGCCGCUGCCUGGGCCCCAGGAUCUGCUGUGCUGAGGGGCAGGGCUGCUGGCUGGGCUCCCCUGAGACACAGGUGUGCCUGGAGGAGGACCUGCUGCCCAGCCCCUGCCAGCCGGGAGGGAGACCCUGUGGCCCCCAGGAGGGGCGCUGCGCUGCCCUGGGAGUCUGCUGCGACUCAGAGAGCUGUGUAGUGGAUGCAGACUGCGUGACGGGGAGUGGACUUCCCCCCUCCUCUUCCUCACCGGGACAGCUGCUCGUGCGCCUGCUGCAUCUCUCCACCAGGGGGGGCAGUGCAUACUGACGCGCUCCCUGGUAAAGCCUGCCCCUCGACCCAGACCAGCCACCCUCUCGUCUCUGCUGUCAGUGUGGAGAAUGGAACACAAGUAUUAUUUAGAUUUAAAAAAAGAUCCACAUGAUAAGACAUGAACAGUUAUAGAAGUAUUGGAACCCUAACCCUGUAAAUAUGGCUACUUUUCUGUAUAGGAUACGGUUUUAUGAAGCCAGACUAUAUGAACAGUUGCCACAUUUAUAGAAAUAUGCCUAAAACAAUAUGUACAUCUGUUGUAUGAUGAUUUUUCUCCUUGAAUUGACAUUGAUGUUAAAGAUGUCAUCACUGAGGUCUAUAGUAUAGGUACUGACUGGGUUUGCACAGUCUUUGUGAAUGGUAAGUGAAACUUUGGAAAACUGUCAAGCUUCUGUAAGGUUGUGGUUUGGUUGUACGAUAGAGAACAGGAGCCUCGACAAUAAUAAAAGACGUCACUGCCA